AUGAUCUCCAUCUCGCGCAGAUGGAUCCUUACCUGCAUUAUGAUCUGUGUAACACUAUCGCUCGUUUUCAACCUUCUAGAACAAGAUGACUGGACACCGCCUCCGCCUCCUCCGCCAAUGGAAGCUCCUCCCUUACCGCCGGACUUUAGCUGGAAAACUCUACCCCGACAAUGGCCAUUGAACUCGUCGAUGAUACAGUUACCGAACGGACCACCUGCCCAGAUUCCGCCCAUCCAACACAAAUUUGCCAAAGAAACACCAGUGGAGAGAUACAAGAGACAAAAGAGGCUGGCGGCUGUCAAGAACAGCUUCAAGCAUUCGUGGAAUGGAUACAAGAACAAUGCUUGGUUGCAAGAUGAGGUCAGGCCGCUGUCCGGAGGAUACAAGAAUGGAUUCGGAGGCUGGGGAGCAACGCUGGUCGACUCCCUUGAUACUCUCUGGAUCAUGGACAUGAAGAAGGAAUUCGACAUAGCCGUGAACGCGUUGAACCACCUGGAUUUCACCAUGUCUCCCUCAAAGACGAUCAGUGUGUUCGAGACGACCAUUCGUUACGUAGGCGGCCUCCUGAGCGCAUACGACCUGAGCGACGAGAAAUAUCCAAUUUUGUUAGAGAAGGCGAUUGAACUUGGCGAUAUGCUGUAUGCCUCGUUCGAUACCGCCAACAACAUGCCAGUGGUUGGAUCCUGGAACUGGCUGAAGGCGGCUCAAGGAGACCUGCAACACGCGCCUUCCAAUGCGCUUUCUGCCGAUAUAGGCUCUCUCUCCCUUGAGUUUACUCGAUUGACUCAGCUUAGUGGUGAUCCAAAAUACUACGAUGCGAUCCAGAGGAUCAUGAACGUUUUUGAAGAAUCACAGAACACUACAAGGUUGCCAGGAAUGUGGCCAGUUUCUCUAGAUGCUCGCAAACUGGAUUUUACCAACGACAGAGUGUUCACACUUGGUGCGAUGGCCGACUCGUUGUAUGAGUACUUCCCAAAGGUUCGUUCGUUCUCCUGUAAUUUCGUAACACAGUUACUAAUGAUCACANNGCAAUAUCUUUUGCUCAACGGCAGAGACAAGCAGACCCAGACCAUGUAUGAGCAGAGUAUGGCUGUGGCAAAGGAGCAUCUGUUUUACAGACCCCUAAAUCCCGAAAACCUGGACCUCCUCAUCUCCGGUUCUGUUAGACAGGUUGGUGCAGGUUAUGACCGAAAGAACGAAGGCCAGCACUUGGCUUGCUUCGUCGGAGGUAUGGUUGCUCUGGGUGCCAAAAUCUUCAACACACCAGAAGAUCUUCGUACAGCACAACAGUUGACAGAUGGGUGCGUGUGGGCAUACCAGCAAAUGCCGAGUGGAAUGAUGCCUGAAAUCUUCGAGGCCAUCCCUUGUACCGAUGAUGAGGACUGCAAAUGGUCCGAAGAGAGGUGGUACAAAGGUCUUGUAAUGGCUGUCCAUCGAGUCGUCGGCACGAGUACCACACUCAAAGAACAAGCACAAAAGAUUAUCGAGAAAGGAGGACUUCCGCUCGGUUUCGCCAAGGUGGUCGACUCUCGCUACUACCUCCGCCCGGAAGCCAUCGAAUCUGUGUUUUACAUGUAUCGCAUCACUGGCGAUAAGACGUGGCAAGACAAGGCAUGGCAGAUGUUCCAGGCCAUUGAUUCGCACGCAAGAACGGAUAUCGCGUAUGCCGUCGUCCAAGACGUGCGGGACGCACAAUCACAACUCACCGAUACUAUGGAAAGCUUCUGGACAGGAGAGACACUCAAGUACUUCUAUCUCGUCUUUAGCGAACCAGACCUCGUGAACCUAGACUCCUGGGUUUUGAACACAGAAGCUCAUCCUCUGCGCAGGCCGCAGGAUUAA